UAAAUGGACCACGCCAUGAUCGAAAUCGAUCAAACGUAGCAGCAAAUCUGCAACAUGAGGGCGUUCUGCUUUGCUUUGACGAUUCUCUGCGCCGUCCAGAGCAUUCUGGCGUACCCGCGGCCAGACUUUGCCAUCAAUGGGGUAGUGUCGGGCUCGGCUACGGUGAAAACAGCUGCGAUCGAUCUCGGCGUGGACAUUGCAGACGCUGGUAAAGGAACCGUGAAUCUCACCUCCGGUUACACAGUGCUGUCGAACCUCAGCACCUCUCUGCAAUUCAUUGGUGAUGAGAUCGUCCGAGUCGCUGCCCCCCUGGCCUCGCAGCUGACCAAUCUGUCCACUGAUAAUUCUAAUACGAUCGAGACAACGUACGCUGCUAUUAAUACCUCAAUUAUUCAAUUCGACGCAUUGAUUAGUGGAGGAUUGAACACCACGAUCGCCAAUAUCAACAACACAGCGGGUACGGGCUACAUUGUGAAGCAGUUUGCCGAUGCAUUCAAGAACACGAAACUGACGCUGGCCGAGCUGAUUAAAGCAGUCGAUCAACUUAAAUCGGAUGUGGGUAAGGCCAGGAAAGCAGCAGGUACCACCAACCCCAUCCCGUCUGCCAUCAUUCGGGCGAACAUUCCGGCCAAAACCGUCAACAACGUGAUCACAGCGAUCCGCAACUUGCGUGCUCGCAUUCCGCUCAUCACGUACGUCAUCGACAGCUCGCUGGAUAAUCUGCAUUUGGUGGAUCUGUUCAUCAUCGCGCUGAAGGAUGAGGUUGUGCGAAGUGUUAGUCUUUACCAAACCUCAUACCAAGCAUUCCAAUCGAACCUUGGCGUGGAAUCAGACAUCGUUUAUACACAGUUUGUGACCAAUGUCGGUGGAACUGUCUCGUCGAUCAUUAGCAGCAUCCAGAGUAAUUUGAAUAAUAAUACUGGGUACCCGAAUCUGCACAUCGAAAGCUUAGGCAAUGCCAUAAACUCUGUCAAGCCAACCGCUAGUGCUAUCAACACCACAUUUAACAAUUACUCAACGAACGUACCGAACCUGAUCACCAACCUUACAACCAGUCUUUCCUCAAGCCUGUGCAACUCGCUUCAAACAGUUUCAAAGGUGCAGAUUGCCAACGCUGGCUAUUCGGACUUCUGCUUCAGCAAGUACUCGCCCCGUGUUUUCUCGCAAGUUCAACUCACCAUCGACGCGUUCGACGUGUGCUUCGAGAAGGAGUUGGCCCGCCUGAUGAACCUCUCAACGAUUCUUCUGCGCAUUGCCACCCAGAUUUCCUACAACACUGCCGAUCUCUUCAGCAACCUGCAGGUGUGCCUCGCAAUCAUCGACCCGACUGCCGAGGGUGCAUGCUACACAAAGAUCGCUCCGUACUAUGCAGUGCUGGCCACGAAAGUCACAGCCCAUACAACGACGGCCAUCAAUCUGGUGAAUGCUGAAACCAAAGCCAGCUACAACCGUCUCGGUGCCUGUCUCUACUCAUCGCUCUCAGUGACAGCUGUGAGUGCGACAGACAUUUCUAACGAGGCUACGACGUGUCUGGAUGUCGGACCUCAAUGA